UCCGAGUCUUCACGAUUGCACGGCCGAUCAACACUAAGUAACAAAAUACAAUACGCUUUACUCGUCACCGGAGCUUUUUAUCUCCAUAAAAUAUUACCGAUCCGUGGCAUCGUGUCCCCAUAAGGUGCUCCAACGCGCGAACGUCCCCCCGUACGAAGCGGACGCCGCGUCGUCGAUUCCCAUAAUGGGACAACGUUUAUAAAACUGAAACCACGGGCAGCAGCGCCGCGGAUAAAAGCCGGACAAUAUUCCCUGCGUGUCUCUCCAUUAACAUGACGGAUUUGUGUUCGCGACGCGACGACCAUCCUUCAGCAGCGAGGGGAAAAAAAUGGCCUCCGGUAACUAACGCCGCGUAGGAUCAACGGAACCAUAGAAGACACGGUUCAACGAUCAAAAGAUAGAAGAAAGGGGCAGGAAGGCGGCUAAGGAAUUACGAAAAUAAGAAAAAUAAAGGGUGGGGAGGGAGGAUCGUUGACGGAUUUAUGCUCGCGACGCGACGGUUAUCGUGCGGUGCAGAAAAAAGAGGCCUUCGACAGCUAAUAUCGCAUAGAAUCAAAGGAAGAUGUGUUCUACGAUCAGAAGGUAGAAGGAUGAGACAAGAAAACUGUUCAAGGAUCACGAAAAUCGAAAAAAGAGACAGAAGAAAGAGAAUUGUUGACGAUUUUUGGAUUGUUACGCGACAAUCGCGGUUCAGCGAAGAAAAGGAUUGGUCUUUGGUAAGUGAUAUCUCAUAGAAGAGAAGAUAAAUUUAACUGUCAGACAGUAGAAGGAAGGGACAAGAAAACUGUUGAAGUCUUUAGUAACUAAUAUCGCAUAGAAUUAGCAAAAGAUAAGUUCACAGAUUAAAAGAUAAAGAGAAGAUACACAAAAACUGUCGAGGGAUCAACCAAAUCAAGAAAACAAAGAGGGAAGAAAGAACAUCGUCAACAAGUUUCUGUUUACGAUACGCCAAUCACCUUGCAGCAAAGGAAAAGGCUUGCCCCCCGGUAGCUACCAUCGCGCAGGAUCAACGGCACCAUAAAAAACACAAAUUCAGUGCUAAAAAGACAGAACGAAAGGGUAUACACCAGGAAACGAAGGAUUACGAAAAUCAAAGAAAGAAAAAGAAAGAAGGUGAACUGUUGACGAAGGAACACGAGAGAAAACAGAAGGAAGGAUGGGUCAGAGGACGAAGAAGAAGAACGGGAAGACCUGGACAAGGUGAAACGAACGAGCAGAGAGAAGAGCGCGUAGGGCUUAGGGAAGAUGAAAGAGGUAAGGUGGCGAGGAAAGAGAGUGGCGACAAAGAAAGAGGACGCAAGGAAGGAACAGUCGAGAGGUUCUGUUACCUGGUCCGUUCUCUUCUCCCUCUGUGACGGCAGGUCAGUGCUGCUGUACUCGUGGCCGAGGACGGGUGCGUUGGACGAUUAUGUGUAUUUCCACGCAAACCUAUCGGUACCAUUUUUCUUCGUCGUUCCAAGUGAAAAUGUUCGACGCGAAACAGUGACCCCCGCGGAUGGCAGAUCGGUUUCGUUGCUCGGCAAACUUAUCAACGAAAACGUGAAGGCACCAGUGGAGGGAACUAUAUUGGUAACUGUCCAGUUUCAACAGGGGGUCCACCCAGGAUCAGCAACGGUACCGCGAGUUACGGUACUGCACCUGGGGGUGGCAAUAUGACCCCCGAAGAUCUCGCUCCCGAUGAAGAGUUUGCCCUAGCUAUUACACAGAAAGCUCAGAGGGAAGCAGAAGCCAUUCGCGGUGCAUUGUAUCUUAGCGUGACGCUAGCGAUCGCAUGGAUAAUAGGAGCAGCAGGAUUGUCAUUGGCAUGGCUGGUAUUGGUUCUAGCACUAGCUGGUACGAUAUUUAAAACGAGAGUGUCCAGGCUACUCCAAUCUUCGAUUCAACAAGAAUUGGGAAGACUGCGUCGCAGAAGAGCUUUGUACAAAGACGAAACCGCCGAGUGGUUAAGUUUGUUACUUAACAAAUGGUGGAGGUUCAGCGCAGCAGGUAUAUUUUCCUUAGCAAAGGAAAGAUUGGAACCACUGUUAAAUGAAGCUAAACCAGGAAUAUUAGGACCACUGGAGCUGAGGGAACUCACUCUUGGCGAACAAACUCCUUAUGUGACACGUAUAAGAACUUUGGAUUACACCAAUGACGAUGACGUUCCUGAAGGACAAACUGGUCAAACGAAAUUGUCCAUCGAAGCCGACGUACGCCUCGAUUGUGAACAGUUUCGUAUGUUGAUUACAACCAGGCUGUUUGGGAAAGGGGUCGGCAUGGACGUUGAUUUAGCCGUGGAGAAACUAUCACUCUCGGGAACGAUUCUUGCCACCCUGACCCUUAACUCCAUGGCACCAUUCCCUCACGCAACCUCUUUAAGCGUGAGUUUCGUGGAGAAACCGGACGUUUGGUUCAGCGUGAGAAUACUCCGAGCCGUACAAAUGAUGGAAAUGCCUUUAAUUAAGACCUGGAUCCACGCGGUGGUUACGGACGCCUUGGCCAGCUGGAUCGUUGAUCCAGGUCACUUGGAGAUGAAUCUGAGAGCGCAAGAACGACCCGGACCCAGACUGGAUUUUAUGGCGAAUUCCAUACCGCAAGGAGUGCUUACCGUUUUCUUGUCUCAAAACGGUUCUUCAGUCGGCGAUGAAGCUAGGUGGCUCGUCGUAACGCUAGGAGAUCAAAGGCGUGUGACGACUCCCUUAAAUUCUACAUGGAACGAGGACGUCUCGUUUCUGGUCGGUGCCUUGGAUAACGAGAAAGUUUCCAUCAAAUUAAAAGCAAAACGACUUGUCAGCACGAUCACUUUGGCACAAUUCGAAUUGGCGCUUGGGCUCUAUAACUGGGACAACUCGCAGGUAAUCGAGACGGUACUGCAACAAAAGAAACCAUCCCGCAAUAGUGCUAACAUUCCAAACAUCAAUGCCCGAUUAGAGUACACCACCCUUCCAAAGCUAGAUCCAGAUUUACCGCAACCAGAAUUAACAGAGGAUAAUACACAUCUUUCAGUGUCACGAAAAUACUCCAACCGAGCACAAAGAUCAGGAGUACUCGUCGUGUACAUUCAUUCCGCAGAAAAUCUCAAUAGCGACAGUUCUCAGUGCAAUCCUUACUGCAUGCUGUUUAACAACCGAAAAAAGGUAAAAACAACACAUUACAUUCGAAGUACUAAUUCGCCAUGCUGGGAAUCCAGAGCCCAAUUUCUUGUUCAAGAUUAUACACAAGUCUCUUUGAGUUUUGUGAUAUACUCCUGGAACAUAUCCAAAUCUACUGACAGUGACAUGCUUGGGCUCGCUAUAUUAUCAUUAUCCCAGGAAAGUGCAUGGAUAAUAAAGAAAGAACUGCCUCUCAGUGGCUCGAAUAAUAUGUCGACGAUGACAGUGUCUGUCAUGUUCCAUCCCGUGAAAAGUGUGCAGCAGGUAGUCACCAGCCGAAGAAGUAGCUUGGCUCUUCCGGUAUCAGAUGACGAACCCAAAACAAAAAGGAAUAGUUUGCCCUGGAUGCAACAAGCUAAGUUAUUACUGACUCACAAGGAUAUAGAUCCAGCAUCAUCGGACGUAUCGAGUCUACUCUCCACCGGAAGUGGAUUGAUGGAAGUAACGCUAUUACGUGCAAAGGAUCUCGUAGCAAAGGAUCUGAACGGCUUCAGCGACCCUUUCUGCGAAUUAAAGCUGAACAACGAAACGAAGUACAAGAGCAGUAUAAAGAAGAAAACACUGAAUCCUUGCUGGGACGAAAGUUCCAUUAUGGGUUUGCCAAGGAUAGGCGAGACCUUAGAUGUCGUUUUAUGGGAUCAUGAUACUUUUGGAAUGAAGGAUUACCUUGGAAAAGUAUCAUUGACUCUCGAUGACAUCCGGAAGUUGUCGAACAGCGAUCAGUCCCAUUGGUUCACGUUAAGAGGAACCAAAACUGGAUCUGUAGAGUUGAGAAUUAAGGUCUUGUCCGAAGAAUGUGAGACUCAAAGCACGUAUGCAGCCAGCAACAUCAGUGAAAGCUCGACACAAUUGAACAUUGAAACUUCUGAGACAGUAUCAAACAUCAUCAGAAGACCAUCGAUGGAAAAAUCAAAGAUGAGGUUGCAUUUAGAUGUGGUGCCACCACCACCCCCACCACGUACUGUGACUUUAUUAAAACCAACUAUUUCUAGUCAAUCUGACAAAGCUAGUGUUGGAAGCAAAGAUUCUAACGAGAUGAAUGGCUCUCAGAACUCAUGGAUACCCAGAGUUAUUACAGAAAGAGUAACAGAUAUGACUGACACUACCGAUUCAACAAAAUUGAGAGAACGACGAUCUUCUCAUAAUAGCCUGACACCAAGCCCGGAACAAAACUUUGGCAAGAAAUUGCCACAAUACAAUAGCUUCCGUGUUAUGAAACAGAAGGUAAAGAGAGGACUAAAGCUUCGUAGAUUUCGAUCAGAAGUAAAUAUAGAAGAGAAAAAUGAUGCAAAAGGUAUAACAUUAAGCUUGGAACCUAGAGGUGGAGGAGAAGCUGAUGCUACAGAGCUUUUACAAGAAUCCGGUUUAGCUCAUGCUGUAUCACAACCUGAUAUGCUUGGCAGAAUAAGACAGCCUAGUCCACGUUUAAGACUAAGACCACCAAAUGAAUUAAAAGUUGUUAAUGGUACCAGAGAAAAAUAUUCAGGUAUAGAAGGUAAAGUUCUUCAAGCUCAAGGUCUUCAUGUUGCACACAUCGCUCAAUUAUAUUGUAGAAUUAAACUUCAGACAUGUACCAGUCCUGAUAAAAUUGCAUCUUCAACAAACACUGGUAAAACUUUGGCAAAAUCUCGACUUUUACCUGCUAUGCCCAAUCCUCAGUUCAGUAUAGACUUUCACAUAGAAAGUGAUAAUGUUCCACGACAGUCUUUAUUGAUAUUUGAAAUUCGAAGUGCUAGCAAAGAGUUACUAGCCAGUCGACGAAUCACUCUUCAUGAAUUAUUGGGAGUCUCCGCUGCAACUGAUGAAAUUCAUACAUGGUUAGCAUUAAAUAAUGGAGCAUCAUUAGAAGUACAAAUUGCUCAUGGAAGAGAAUUAAAAACUAAAUCCACAAAAAAAUUAUUCCGAUCUUGGUCGGUACACCGAAUAGGAAAAAUAUGAAACACCAUAGAAUUGUAUAUUUUUAAACCAUAUUUCGUACACUCAAUACAUACUUUAAUUCAUCAAACAGAACAUUGUACAAAUUAUACAUUUUUUCUCUAUAAACAUAGAUUAUAAUAAUUAAAACUUUUACGUACUCAUAUCAUAUUACAAAUGUUUUAUUUACAUGUAAAUAUAUACAUAUAUAUACACACACAUAUAUA